CAGAAGCUGUAAUUUCGGCCUUUUAAGUCUCUUUUCUUUGAACCCUUUUCUCUUCUUCUCUUCUUUCUCUGUUCUUCCUUUUCCUUUCAUCAAUUCUCAUGGAUGUCUCUUGGAAGGAGAGGAUCUUGCAGCAUUCUGAAUUUCUUGGGUUUUGAAAGAGAAUGAAGUGAGUUUUUCUGGGUUUUUUUUAGAUGUUCUUGAAGAAGAUGAGUGGUUGGAGAGGUGGAUUGUUUGUGGAAUUGGUUGUUUUUGCAGAUAUGUGUCUGAUGGUGUCUGGUUUAGGCUCUAUGGCUUCUGUGGCUGUUUCUUAUGGCGAGAAAGGGCCUGUUUUCUGUGGUUUAAUGGCAGAUGGGUCUCAUCUCGUGAGCUGUUUUGGUUCAAAUUCAGCCAUAACUUACGGAACUCCUUCUCAUUUCCCCUUCAUUGGUCUCACUGCUGGUGAUGGUUUUGUUUGUGGGCUUCUUUUGGAUUCCAACCAGCCUUACUGUUGGGGAAGCAGUGGCUAUGUUCAAAUGGGUGUUCCUCAGCCCAUGAUCAAAGCCGCUCAAUACCAGGAAAUCAGUGCUGGUGAUUACCAUCUCUGUGGCCUCCGAACACCGCUAACUGGAAGGCAUAGGAACAACACGUCUUUUGUUGAUUGUUGGGGUUACAACAUGACAAGAACCUUUGUGUUUGAUGGCCCGAUUGAAUCGAUCUCGGCAGGGUCUGAGUUCAACUGUGGGCUGUUUUCUCUUAAUAGAACUGUUUUGUGUUGGGGCGAUGAGACGAGCAGCCGGGUCAUCAGUUUGAUACCUAAAGAUAUGAGGUUUCUAAAGAUUGCUGCUGGUGGAUAUCAUGUUUGUGGGAUUCUAGAGGGCAUUAAGGCGAGGGCGUUCUGUUGGGGAAGGAGCUUAGACAUUGAAGGAAGUGCAGACUUGGUUCCAGUUGAUCCAUUAGACUCUGUUGUUGGGGGCAAGUUUCAUGCUUGUGGGAUCAAGAGCAUGGACCGUGGUGUGAUUUGUUGGGGCUUUACAGUCAAACCAAGCACUCCAGCGCCGGAUGGGAUUAAGGUUUAUGACAUAGCAGCUGGAGAUUACUUCACUUGUGGAAUUCUAGCUGAGAAAUCUCUCCUGCCUGUUUGCUGGGGUCUUGGAUUUCCUAGUUCUAUACCCUUAGCUGUGUCGCCUGGAGUCUGUAAAGCAACUCCUUGUGCUCCUGGUUUCUAUGAACUAAGCCAAGACAGUGCUCGGUGCAAGUCGCCGAGUUUUCGUGUGUGUAUGCCCUGCAGUACUACAUGCCCUCCUGAGAUGUACCAAAAAUUUGAAUGCUCCUUAAAAUCUGAUAGACAAUGUGAAUAUAACUGUUCAAGUUGUUUUUCUUCGGAGUGUUCAUCAAACUGUUCAUCCAUUAGUUCAAAUGGCUUGAUGGGGAAGAAAAAUGAGAAGUUGUGGUCAAUGCAGCUUCCAGCUCUGGUAGCAGAGGUUGCUUUUGCUCUGUUUUUGGUAGCUAUUGUGUCGCUAACUGCGAUCUUAUACGUUCGGUAUAAGUUACGGAGCUUCCAUUGUUCCGAAAAGGAGUUGAAGUCUAAGAAGAACCAAGGGACUGCCUCUUCCUUCCAGAAGGAAAGCUACAAAAUACGUCCCGACUUAGAUGAGCUAAAGAUAAUGAGGGCUCGGAUGUUCACUUACGAAGAACUCGUGGGAGCGACGUGCGGGUUUAAGGAAGAUUCAAUGGUGGGAAAGGGAAGUUUCUCCUGUGUUUUCCGAGGUGUUUUAAACAACGGGACGGUUGUAGCAGUGAAACGAGCUAUAAUGUCUCACAACAAGCAGAAGAAUUCAAAAGAGUUUCACACUGAACUUGACUUGCUGUCAAGAUUAAACCAUGCUCAUUUGCUUAAUCUACUUGGUUAUUGUGAAGAAGGUGGAGAGAGGCUUCUAGUUUAUGAGUUCAUGGCUCAUGGUUCCUUAUAUCAGCACCUUCAUGGCAAGAACAAGGCCUUGAAAGAGCAACUAGAUUGGAUAAGAAGGGUCACCAUUGCAGUCCAAGCAGCAAGGGGAAUUGAAUACUUGCACGGCUAUGCUUGUCCUCCCGUCAUCCAUCGGGACAUCAAAUCGUCAAACAUUCUUAUUGACGAGGAGCAUAACGCUCGAGUAGCCGAUUUUGGCUUGUCGUUGUUAGGGCCAGCGGAUGGCAGCUCUCCAUUAGCAGAGCUACCGGCCGGAACUCUUGGCUAUCUUGAUCCUGAAUACUACAGACUUCACUACCUUACAACCAAGUCUGAUGUCUAUAGCUUUGGUGUUUUGCUACUCGAAAUUCUCAGCGGUAGAAGAGCCAUUGAUAUGCAAUAUGAAGAAGGGAACAUAGUAGAAUGGGCAGUGCCAUUGAUCAAAUCUGGAGAUAUCUCUGCAGUUUUAGAUCCGAUACUAAAACCGCCAUCCGAUAUCGAGGCCUUGAAGAGGAUAGCAAACGUAGCUUGUACAUGUGUGAGAAUGAGGGCGAAGGAGAGGCCAUCAAUGGACAAAGUCACGACGGCAUUGGAACGUGCUCUUGCCCAGUUAAUGGGAAGUCCAUAUAAUGAACAACCAAUCUUACCAACGGAGGUGGUUUUAGGAAGCAGUAGACUGCAUAAAAAGUCAUCUCAAAGAUCAUUGAACCAUUCUGUCUCCGAAACGGAUAUAGCAGAAUCUGAGGAUCAAAGGUUCGAGUUCAGAGCUCCAUCGUGGAUUACGUUCCCGAGCGUGACGUCGUCCCAGCGGAGGAAAUCCUCAGCUUCGGAAGCAGAUGUUGAUGGAAAGAAUUUAGAAGGAAGAAAUGGGGAUGGAUUGAAGAGUUUAGAGGAAGAGAUUGAGCCUGCUUCCCCUCAGGAAAAGCUGUUCUUGGAGCACAAUUUCUAAAGUGAGAACUCAUUGAAAAACAAAGCAAAACCCAGAAGGGAAAAUUCAAAAGCUUUGAUUUUUAUUCCAAAUUCUAUCUCUCAGUGAUAUGAAGGAAAAAGAAUGAGAUUCAACAUGAAAUUCUAA